AUGUUAGGCCGCAAAGCAGGAGUUGGUGUAUUGUUACAGAAAAGUUUUCCUCAUAUUAUACUUUGGCAUUGUUGUAAUCACCGUCUGGAACUUGCUGUUGCGGAUUGUUUAAAAGAAGUAAGUGGAAUUAAUCAUUUCCAAUCAUUUAUUGAAAAAUUAUACUCACUGUAUCAUAUGUCACCAAAAAAUAUGAAUGAGUUGAAAGAAUGUGCUAAUUCCAUUGAUCGACAGUUAUUGAAAAUAGGUAAAAUAUUUACAAUUAGAUGGGUAGCUUCAAGUCUUCGAACAGUAAAAGCUGUUUGGAAUAACUUUGAAUCUCUUUUUCAACAUUUUUCUAGUGCAAUUAUAGAUGAUCAAAGGAGCUCUAAAGAAAAAGCAAAGUAUGUUGGUUUGAAAAAUACUUUAAAAUCCAUAGAAUUUGUUCACAACCUUGGAAUACUGUUUGAUGCGCUGACAGAAUUAUCAGAUUUGUCCAUUCAGCUCCAAAAAAGAGAUCUAUCUCUUAUGGCUGCUCAUAAAUUAAUUGAACGGACCAUUUGCGUUUUGGAAUCUAUGGCUAAUAAAAAUGGUGAAAAAACCAAAGAAGUAAAUUCUGCUUGUGAACAAAAAGAAUUUCAAGGCAUUAUACUAGAACAUAAACAUUCUGUGGUAAAAAUUGAAAUCGGCCAAUUUUUUAGAAGUUUGUCUGAUAAUCUAAAACAAAGACUUUUUACUACACAAUCGUCUCAUGUAUCAAUUUUAGAUAAAGCUGAUCCUUAUAAGGAUUUAUUUAAUAAUUUAUUGAUAGAUUUAACCAUGCUUUCUCCAGAUAAUUGGCCUGAUAACUGUGAUGUGCAGUUUGGUGAUAUAAAUAUAAGCCGUUUGUCUAAAAUACUUCAAAUUGAUCAAAGAGCCAGUGUACGAGGAUUUCGUGAAUACAAAGUAUCUUAUCCUUCAGUCAAUAUAGACAUUGAACCAUUAAUGACCGCUGUAAAGACUUUGGCUAUUUCUUCUGCUGAAUGUGAACGGUCCUUUAGUUCUAUGAACGAAAUUGUUUCUUCAACAAGAAGUGUGUUGACUAGUGAUCAUAUUUCAUCGUUAGCUUUCAUUAACUGUACUGGACCACCAAUUGAUAAAUUCAAUCCUAACAUUUAUAUUAAAACUUGGAUAUUAUCAGGGAAAAGAACUGCAGAUGAACAAUGUUGUCCAAAAAGAAAAAAGAAAGAUGUAGAAGAAUCUUAUACAUCUUUAUGGUUAUGUUUAGAUAAAUAG